AUGACGGCCACAGCGACGGCGCCGGCCACCGACCCCGCGGCGCAGCAGGCGCAUCAAUUUCCCCUCCCCAAGAUCCUCGAAUACCCCGCGUCGACCCCGCCAACCCUCAUCACACAAGGCGCCGAGGGCCGCCUCUACAAGAGCACCUACCUGCUGCCCGACAUCCCCUGCGCCCUCAAGUACCGCCCUCCCAAGCCCUGGCGGCACCCGACUCUCGAUCAGCGCCUCACGCGACACCGGAUCCUGUCAGAGGCCCGCAUCCUCGCAAAGUGCCGUCGCGAUGGCGUCCGCGUGCCAGCCGUCUACGCUGUCGAUGAGGCUGCUGGGUGGUUGAUGUUGGAAUGGAUACAUGGAGGGCCCGUUCGCAAGAGCAUCAACGAGCGCCUCGGAAGCCGCACAGAGGGCAUCGAGGAUGACGCCGAGUUGAAGAGCCUGAUGCGACGCAUCGGCACUGCUAUUGGCAAUAUGCACAAGGUUGGAAUCGUCCACGGGGACUUGACCACCAGUAACAUGAUGUUGGCGCCCCCUACCGAUCCAAAGAACCAGAGUCCCCUUGAUGGUGAACUAGUCAUCAUCGACCUCGGUCUUGCAAGUGGGAGUGUAUCAGAUGAAGACCGAGCGGUAGAUCUCUACGUGCUAGAGAGGGCAUUUGGUAGUACGCACCCCCGUGCUGAGUGUAUCUUUCCAGAGCUGCUCGAUGCGUAUGGCCAAACUUUCAAGCAGGCCAAAAUCGCACUUAAGAAGCUAGAAGAUGUACGGAUGAGAGGUCGCAAAAGAAGCAUGCUGGGAUAA